GUAUUCGCCGCUGCUACAACCUGCGAGAUGCAGGCAAGAUCGCAAGGCAUCGAAUUCUGGUUCCUAGCUAUUCUGCUUUGCGUCGUCCAUCCCACCGUCGCAGUCUCAACUGGAAGAACUGCGCGGUCUUUAUCUCCAUCUCUCGUUGCCUGUUCUGUUAACCCGAGCUCCGACUCUGACGAUGACGCGUUCUCGCUCUUCGUCCUCUCCACGUAUCCGGAGCUCGCUGCUCUUCCCUUGCUCACAUGCCUAUUGCUAGAGCAGUUCCGCGGCGUCUAGCUUGGCACGGCCGAGGACGCUCACUGUGCUGAGCGUUACCUAUCAGAUUCCACCUCGCCGGGUGCACACAUUAGGCGCGGCGGCGAUGUCGGCAGUGUAAGGAUCGAUGUGUAAUAAUGCCAGAUGUUUGGGCGUUGCGAGGAUGGCUUUAGGCGAGGGAGAGCUCGAUUCGUUCGCGAUGGGGGUGAU